AGCACCGUCGCGCGUCCCUCGUCCUUCCGUCGGCCCUCGGCCCCGCCGCCGGCACCAUGCCCGUCGUGGACGAGCUUCUGCUGGAGGAGGCGUUGCAGGACAGCCCUCAGACUCGCUCUCUCCUGAGUGUGUUUGAAGAAGAUGCUUGCACUCUCACGGAUUACACCAACCAGCUGCUGCAGGCCAUGCAGCGUGUCUACGGAGCUCAGAAUGAAAUGUGUCUGGCUACUCAACAACUUUCUAAGCAACUGCUGGCGUAUGAAAAGCGGAAUUUUGCCCUUGGAAAAGGUGAUGAAGAAGUAAUCUCUACACUCCACUGUUUUUCCAAAGUGGUGGAUAAGCUUAAUGUUCUCCAUACAGAACUGGCUAAACAUUUGGCAGACACAAUGGUUCUACCUAUUAUUCAGUUUCGAGAAAUGGAUCUUACAGAAGUAAGCACUUUAAAGGAUCGCUUUGGACUCGCCAGCAAUGAGCAUGACAUUGCAAUGGCAAAAUACAGCAGGCUUCCUAAGAAAAAGGAGAAUGAAAAGGUGAAAAGUGAAGUCGUUAAAGAGGUGGCAGCUGCACGGCAGAAGCAGCACUCUUCGGCCCUUCAUUAUUACCGGGCGCUCAACAUUCUGCAGUACUCAAAGCGUAUUGCCGUGAUGGAGCCCAUGAUAGGCUUUACCCAGGGGCAGAUUAACUUUUUUAAGAAGGGAGCAGAGAUGUUUUCCCAAAGCAUGGACAGCUUUGUAUCCUCCGUUACAGACAUGGUUCGCAGCAUCCAGGUAAACCUGGAAGGCGAAGCUGAGAAGACGCACGCGUUUCUGCAAGAAUUACUUAUAGUUGACAAAUCUGUUUACACUCCAGACUCUGACGUGUCUGCACCACAGAUCAACAGGAACCUCAUCCAGAAAGCUGGAUACCUGAACCUUAGAACUAAAACAGGGCUGGUCACCACUACCUGGGAGAGACUUUACUUCUUCACCCAAGGAGGGAAUCUCAUGUGUCAGCCCAGGGGAGCCGUGGCUGGAAGUUUGAUCCAGGACCUGGACAACUGCUCGGUGAUGGCCGUCGAUUGCGAGGACCGGCGAUACUGCUUCCAGAUCACCACGCCAAGUGGAAAAUCGGGAAUAAUCCUGCAAGCAGAAAGCAAAAAGGAAAAUGAAGAGUGGAUAUGUGCAAUAAACAACAUCUCCAGACAGAUCUACCUGACUGACAACCCAGAGGCCGUCGCCAUCAAACUGAAUCAGACAGCUCUUCAAGCAGUGACUCCCAUUACGAGUUUUGGAAAAAAACAAGAGAGCUCAUGCCCCAGCCAGAACCUGAAAAAUUCAGAGACGGAAAAUGACAAUACUGUUCCCAAAGAAACCAUCAGUGUAGCGGAAGCUGAACAACUCAUUGCACCUGGAACGCCUAUUCAGUUUGAUAUUGUACUUCCUGCUACAGAAUUCCUUGAUCAGAACAGAGGGAGCAGGCGUGUCAACCCUUUUGGUGAGACUGAGGAUGACACAUUUCCAGAAGCAGAAGAUUCUCUUUUGCAACAGAUGUUUAUAGUUCGAUUUUUGGGAUCGAUGGCAGUUAAAACAGACAACACUACUGAAGUAAUUUAUGAAGCAAUGAGACAAGUUUUGGCUGCUCGGGCGAUUCAUAACAUCUUCCGUAUGACAGAAACCCAUCUGAUGGUAACCAGUCAAAACCUGAGGUUGAUAGAUCCUCAGACUCAAGUAACAAGAGCCAAUUUUGAACUUACUAAUAUCACCCAAUUCGCUGCUCAUCAAGAGAACAAGAGACUGGUUGGCUUUGUGGUCCGCAUACCUGAGUCCACCGGGGGAGAGUCUCUGAGCACCUACGUUUUUGAAAGCAACUCUGAAGGCGAAAAGAUAUGUUAUGCCAUUAAUUUGGGGAAAGAAAUUAUCGAGGUUCAGAAGGAUCCAGAAGCAUUGGCUCAGUUAAUGCAGUCCAUACCACUAACCAAUGAUGGAAAAUAUGUACUAUUAAACGAUCAACCAGAUGGCAAUGAUGGAAGUCCGAGUGAAAAUAGAGGCGCAGAAUCUGAAGCAUAAUUUUCUUGCGCCUUUGGGGGAAGAGCACCCAAGAAGGAGAGCUAUCUCAAGGGUUUUCAACUUCUCUGAUACACAGGCACACGCCCUGGUUUCAGAAUGCUGACAAUCGCUUGUGGACUGUACUAUCGAUGCCUUGAUACCGAGAAUUGGGAGGGAAUCAGUAAGAAAUGGUUGACAACAUUCCUACCCGUCUACAAUGUUAUUUUAGGUGCUUUGUGGUAAGUUCUUAUCUUAGAUUUUAUGGUUCAGUGCUCAGAUUGAAAGCUAAAAAUGCAUUGUUCACUUUAUUUGAACGUCAUCUCUUUUCAAUUUCCAGUAUCCUUUUUUAAAACGACAGAAACCUAGAUUUGAUAAACUAAAUAUUUCCUAUUAAUAUGAUCUAUUUUUAUAUUUUACUUAAUGAGCUUUAAGUGCCUGUCAUUCUAAAAACUAUAUUUAUAGUCAAGCUGCCUCAUAAUUGGACCUAAUAAUAUUAACUUGUACAGUUAGGUGAUGAGCCCUGCGUUGAGGCCCAAACAGUGGCAGGCAUGCAGGAGUAGUUUUGAUAAUUCUUCAGGAAAUCAUGCAAUAAAAAACUAGCACCUAAUGUCAUUCCAGAGUAGCUGAUGAGUACCAUGAAGUGUGUUUAACUUUGUAUUGGAGACUUAAUGAGCCAGCAUUCACAAGUUUACAGUUCUCUUAGAUAUUUCAGGAUGGUGUCCAGUUCUGAGUCAGACCCCCUCAAGAAAGGGACCAACUAAUCUUAAAAAACACUGUUGAAGCACAACUGGUAUGGAGCUUGGCAUAAAAGUUCUUAUUUUCACCCUGAUACACCUGGUUCCUGGCAUCUCAGCCCACUCUGUCAUCCCUUCUUACCUGUGAAAUCAAUAUAAUUAAUUUUGAAUUGGUAUGGUAUAUUCAGUAAUAAUCAAGUUCAACAGAAUGUCAUUGUCUUUGUAAUGAAUUAACCAAGCAAUAAAUGCUAGCAAAUAAAAAAGUGUAACUCA